AUGCAAAACGAACAGCUUAACGAAUUUACACCAGCUGAACAUAUCCAUCAAAUUCGUUCAUAUUUUGAUGUAAUCGAUAAUGCAAUUAAUAUUGGUGAUACUAAUAGAAGAUAUAUCGAUGCAAAAAUUCCAUCACAACCAGGAAGCGCAAAGGAUCAUAACUGGGUCACAUUCAAUUUAUCUCCGCCAGGUGAAAAUAUGCUAGACCUUUAUAACACAUUCCUUACAACUACCUAUAAAAGUAAAUAUAUGGAUAAUGCUAUUACUGGCUCAUCAAUUCCAAAUACUAAUUCUCCAGGUUUCUUUGGCGUUUUUGAUGAAUCAAUUUACACCAUUGAAGCAUAUCAGUUAUUAGCAAAUGGAAGAGUUAUUUAUAGUCAGGAUAACGCAAGAGAAGAAGCAUAUAUCAUUUCUAAUUCACAGACUACAGAACAAAUAAAGAAAGUUGAUGUUUUCUCAAAAACGAGACAUAAAGAUGUAUGGAAACGUUCUGGAACAGUUCGAACAGGUCAAAUUAUCUCAGGACCUUUAGCUGCAGGAGCUGAAAUUAAUUUUGACAUUAAAAUAAAGAUUCCAUGUCGUAAAUUCCUUAUUCUAGAAGUUAUUAGAUUUAUUCCUGCUUUUGCAGGCAACAUUCAGUUAAAGGUUAAAUUUAGUAGCGAUGCAUUCCAGGUAACAGCACUGCCGGUAGAAGAUAUUUUAGCUCAUAAUCCUUCUUUAAUCAGUCAGGUAAAAGAUAAUUAUGACCCACCAACUAAUAAAUUUGUUCCAUGGAAUGAACCAUUCAAUAUGAUAACAGCAGUUUCAAAUCAAAUGGUGAAAUUACUGUUUCAACAGUUGAACAAAGAUUAA